AUUAGAUUGAAAAAGUACAUAAGCAAACACUUCACACCUACUUUUCUGAAUACAGACAUCAGUUGCCCUCCUUUUCACGCACUUCACACACGUUUGACGACCAUAAUACUCCCAACACCAAUACCUCACAUACACACAAACCAUACCCUAACAACUACGGCACAACAUGACCACCUCCGCCAUUGCGAGACGUACCCGCCUAGUGGCUACCAACUCACCAAUCCGGUUCCAAGGUUCCAAGCGAAAUGUACCGAGAACCUUCGCACCUAGAGCUGAGCCGACGGCGAAGCCUUCCCACGCAGUCCCGUCUUCUCCAACCCCUGCUAUUAAGCAAGAGGAAAGGGGAGACAGCAUGCCACUAAUGCCUGCUUCCCCUCCUCCCGCCAAGAAGCCCCGUCUGAGGCUAUACCAGAAGCCACAACCACGUCUCCGCCUCAUUCUCCACCCCCCUGCUCCGUCUCCCUCCCCCAAGAAAAAACUCUACAUCCGCUGGAAACGUGCUUCGCUGCGCAAUCCAAGCAGUGAAGUGUCUUCCGCGCUGUUGUCUCCGCUAUGGGGAAGGGGAAGUCAGGCGGGGCGCCGAUUGACGUUCGAGGCGGAAGAGGAGGUGUUGGGGGAGCAAGAGAGGGAGGAGGUGGCAGAGGCGUUGAGGGAUGAUUGGGAGGGGAGGCGGAAGUGGUAUUUGGGGUUGUCAAAGGAGCAGAGGGAGUUUAGGGCGGCGCUGAGGAAUGGGGGGCGAUUUGUUGCGGGAGUCUAGAUCUCCCGGAUGCGUUGAGAACCUCCUCGGUGACGUGUGACUAGAUCGUUUAGCGAUGUCAAAGAUGCUGAGAGCCUCCUGGAUGGCAUA